GCACCUUGUCCCUGCGUGCAGGGUGAGAAAUCUCGCAAGAGGAAGCGGCAGGGCCGCGCAGCAGGAAGGGGGAGGCGAUGCUGCGCGGGUGCCCCAGAGGCCGUCCCGCGGGCGCUGAGCGAGCUCGGGGGCGAAGAGCGGGAGCGAGCCGGCAGCGCUGCCCUCCAUGCUGCACGGGGAGGCGGGUGGAGGAGGAGGAGGAGGAGAGGGAAGGGUUACCCGGCGCGGCUGCCUGGUAGCGAAAUAGCUGCGGCGGCUCCGGAGGAUGAGCAGAAGGAGCCGUUGCAGAUGAGCGCCGGCGAGCCCAGGAUGUGAGCGCGGCUCGCUGCGGGGCCGCCGGUGGUCGCUUGGCCUCUCGCCUCUGCUCGCCUUCGAUGACCAUCGGCGGCAGCAUGAGCAGCGGGUACUGCAGCUUGGACGAAGACCUUGAGGAUUGCUUUUUCACAGCGAAAACCUCUUUCUUCCGGAGCACACCGUGCAAGGUCCCUGCCAAGAAUGUAACGAAAACAGUAGAAGAAAAACCCGAGCCUCCAACUGUCGAGGAGAUCAAGAAGAAAAUUGAAAAAUACAAUGCAAAAGUUACAAACUGCCUGUUGAUGAAGCUGAAUGAUGACGGGACAUACACCGGCUUCAUCAAAGUGCACUUGAAGCUGCGCCGCCCCGUGACGGUGCCGGCAGGGAUCCGGCCGCAGUCCAUUUACGAUGCCCUCAAGGAGGUGAACCUGGCGGACAUGACGGACAAGAGGACGUCCUUCUACCUGCCACUGGAUGCCAUCAAGCAGCUCCACAUCAGCAGCACCACCACGGUGAGCGAGGUGAUCCAGGGGCUCCUGAAGAAGUUCAUGGUGGUGGAUAAUCCCCAGAAGUUUGCACUUUUCAAGGAGAUGCGGAAGGAUGGGCAAGUUCUCUUCCAGAAGCUCCCUCUCACCGAGUACCCCUUGUACCUCCGGCUGCUGGCUGGCCCCGACACGGAUGUGCUCAGCUUUGUGCUGAAGGAAAACGAAACAGGGGAAGUUGAGUGGGACGCGUUCUCUAUCCCAGAGCUACAGAACUUCUUAAUGAUACUGGACAAAGAAGAGAAGGACAAAAUCCAGCAAGUGCAAAGGAAGUAUGAGAAGUUUAAACAAAGACUGCAACAGACCUUGAAAGAAGCUGGAGGCAAGCCUGGCUAACUUCUCAGGAGGCACUGGGAAUCAGACUAAGCUAGAUGUUAUUUUUAAAAUGAAAAGACACUUCUCAGGACACCUUCUAGUGGUCACUUUCCCCAUUCAUCCUUCCAUUAAGGACUGGCACACAGCACUCAUAAAAUGAACAUACUGUAUUUUCUUCUUCUGAAACCUCUUAUCACAGGACCAGAGCCAGUCAAAGAACGGGAAGCCUGUUCCAGAGCUGUGGCCGUCAGCAAACCAAGCACAGCUGCUGGUUCGCUUUUCAGUUGUACCAUCAGAUGAAGAAGCUUCGUGGAAAAUGCUGAAUAUUAAACCCAACAGGAACAUCUACUGGCUAAUUGUUCUAAGCGGGGUAAAACUUGCUGUUCAUGCUCCUCCCAGCAACUUGCUUGUUCUUGUUCUGAGGUGCUGCAGCUGCGCUGUGUGUGCCCAUGUGGCUGAGUUCUCAUUUCUUAAGUAGAGCGCAGGAAGCAGGAGAUAACGUGGAGGAGGUUGUUGCACCAAAUCACGUGGGUGUUGCAGCUCUCACCCGUGCCAGACAGACUCGUUCAGGGCUCAGCCGGCCAGUGAAAUGUAAAGUUGUGACACCAUGGCAGCUGCAACACCCCAGCAGUCUUUUAGUAAGUAUUACUGAAAUUUAGUGAUAUUAAUUCCAGGAAAAAUCAUCCAUUUUGAUUCUAAUUAAUUUCAUUUUGCAAACAGACUUGAAUUAAAGCAAAUAUCCCUGAUGCUUACUUAAGUUACCCUGUAUUUUACAGGUUUUCUACUCUGUAGGAAUUGGGACCUAUGUUUUAAAAAAUGUGUUUAAAAAGUGUGAAGAUGUGGGCAUGGGAUGACAGUUCUGUAUAGAACAUUUAGCAAUACAUAUCCAACAGACUAGUCCAGGGAAGCUCAGGAACUUUCACAAAUCAAACCCCUUCUGAGCUACGAACAGGUCUGACACCAAGGGAGAGGAGCUCUGACCGAGGCCAGUGUGUGGAGGUGGUACCACAAGCACAGGCUGCCUGUGCAAGAAAUCCUUAGCACCAGGAAUAGUAAGGGAACUAUUAACCUCAGCUGCUUUCCUCCCACCACCCUCUUGUACCGUGCUUCCUCUUGCUAAACCCUCUUUGUGCUGCUCCCACCUCUCCAGUCUGUAACGUGCCAUGCUCUCCCUCCCCGGGCCACUGUGUUCAUCUUCCCUCACUCCCUGCUCACAAUGGGUGCUCUUUCUGCAUGUGCAGGAAGGUUACCGGGUUUUGGAGCUAGGAGGAAGUCUUUCUCCCUCGCUCAAUGCUCCCAGUGUCUCCAAUGCUUAUGCACUUCUCGUCCUUCAUAAAAUCCCUUAGCUGGAGUGUCAGCUACUGCUGUAACUCUAGCCAGAGACCCUGAUCACUGAAGUACAAGGAAUGCUACAGGGAUGCCAAUCCAAGAGAUAAUUUUCCCCAUGUUUACUUUCAGUGCUUUGCACUGAGCACAUUGCACACAGCCAGGUUCAGUCUUCCCUCUGUUUACACAGGAUAGAGCAACAAAGUGUAAAAAGAGAAGAGACCAUUAAAACGAGCUGGAGCGUGUGAAGUGUUUCCUACUGACUUGAUGAACCAAGUGUCCCUUUGAGCUCCCUGUUGCAAUCCCACCUACCCGAAGUGGGAAGGGAGGGAACAGGUUAUUAGGUAACAGUUGUGAUGGAGACAACUUGGAAGAGUCUAAAAUUUACCUCAGUGCCUUUUUUUUUCCUUAAGUGUGAAAACUUUACAUUUGGGCUAAGGAAGAUUUGGAAGGGGCUUUUGUCAAGACACCUUGUCAGUGCUCCCCCCAGUUACCUGAAGUACUGUUGUGAUGAGGCUGCUUUUGUCCAUAGGGAGAAGAGGAACGGUUGUGUUUCUUUCUGCAAGGUGACUGUUUGGCUUUUUUUUUCCAGGUUUAUACUUGAGUAUGUUUGUUUAUAAAUGGUAAGAGAGCAUAACUGCAUCACGUAAAGCCUCUUGGUUUGUAUAAAUGCCACUUUGUGCAAGCUUAGUUCCAGCUUCUAUCUUAGUCAGUAGUGUAAAAGGGUUUGCAAACAGGGCUCCAGCCUCUGGCAUGCAGUGCGGGAAGGGCCUCCCAGCUGUACUGUAUUCUCUACCCAGAUGACCUUUAACAAUAUGGCAGCAGCCCAAAUAGAGCAGCACUUUUCCAGCUCUAGGGCUGUCUGCCCGUUUAUAAGAAUACUUACUACUUUGCUAUGUACUCGUGAAGUAUUUAAAUAACAUUUAUCUAGUGCUUUGAGUCUUAAAAGCACUGUAUAAAUACUUCUGUUCAGUCAAGAGGAAGAACACUGCAGAAACUGCCAUUGGUUCUGAGAAACAAGAUCCAGAUGCUUGUUUUUAAAUCCCUUAUCUUUCUGGCUAAAAGUUGCAAAGAUCUUUUUUCCUUUUUUUUUUCUUUUUUUUUUUUCUUUCUUAUUGCUGUUGUUUUCUAUUAGAGUUUUGGUGACUAUCUCCCUUUCCAUUCCUGGAACCCAGCAUGUCUUUGAAAUUUUGUAGAAGGCAUGGCUUCUUAUGCAAUUACCGUGAAUGCUGCUGAAAACCUCCUGCAAAGGGGAGGGCUGUUUCCUUUGUUUUUUGAAGAUAUGGGGCAUUUGAAAUGGUAGGUACUGAAACUCAAAGUCUCAACAGUCAGUUGAGCUGUGUCUAGGCAUAUCGGGCCCCUUCCUUAAAGCGCAAAAUACUGUUGGCAGUGCCUUUGGUUAGUAUAUUGUGUUGCCUAGUUCAUGUGAAUUUAUUUUUCAUGUCUAUUGUAAAACAUGUAAAAUAAUGUGUAUAGAAUGGAAUAGUAAAGCUUCUAUGGCAAAGUGAAAUGCAUUUUUUGCAAUGCUGUAAUUUAUUUUUAUUACUCCCUAGUAAUUCUAUGGCAUUUUUAAAAAAUGUCCUACUUCCAGCUUUUUUGAAGGUUCUGAAACUACUUAUUAAUAUGCAGAUGGUGUAAAAGACAAUGACAAUAAAACUGUCAGUAAUUAAAAAAAAA